GAUCACUUCAAGUCGGAAGGAAGGUGCGUGUGUAUUGUUUGUCUCGCACACCUCUGUAUUCCCUUGUCUCUGACACAACUCUUCACAAUCUCAUCGCAUGCCUCGCUCGCUCCGAUAAUCCGACAGAAACAAGUGCGGAGCUUUCAGCCCAGCCGGCAAAACCGGAAUCGCGUUUCGCUCCUCGAUCUGGAACGGGACCUGUCGUUUCUAAUCCGCUGCUUGGCUCUCUUGGCGGUUGGCAGCAUAACACCCAGCCACUCACGGUAUAUAAGAACAGCACGACAAAGCAGGAACGCUCUCAACAGCACAGCGAGAGACAACAUGUCUACGACCAAUAUCUCAGAGAUCCCUCGGGCCGACGAGCUCCUCACCACGAAGGAAUUUGACCAGCUGCCAAACACCUUUUCGGAGCCUGCUUGGUGGAAGGAGGCCGUGAUCUUCCAGAUCUGGCCAGCUAGUUUCUGCGACUCAAACGGGGAUGGGAUCGGUGACCUGGGUGGAGUCCUUUCCAAGGUCGACUAUCUCAAGGAGGUCGGUGCCGAUGUCAUCUGGCUUAGCCCGAUUUACGAGUCACCAGACAAAGACAUGGGCUAUGAUGUGGCCGACUACAAGAAGAUCGCCGACCGCUACGGUAGCCUCGAAGAUGUUGACAAGCUCAUAUCGGAGCUCAAAAAGCGCGGCAUGAAGCUCAUGAUGGACCUCGUCGUCAAUCACACUUCGGACCAGCACGCCUGGUUCAAGCAAUCACGCUCGUCGAAGGACAAUGACAAGCGAGAUUGGUACAUCUGGAGGCCUGCCAAGCGUGACGAGAGGGGCAACCGGGUCCCACCCAAUAAUUGGGUCUCCUUCUUUGGCGGUUCGGCGUGGUGCUGGGAUGAAACGACGCAGGAGUACUUCCUGUGCCUUUUCACAAAGGAGCAACCCGAUCUCAACUGGGAGAACGAGGAGGUGCGCGAAGCUGUGUAUGACAUUAUGCGUUUCUGGCUCGACCGUGGCUGUGCUGGCUUCCGUAUGGACGUCAUCAAUGAAGUGUCCAAGACCUAUGUUGAAGAUCCAAGCGAUCCGAAGCGGCCCGCUCUGCCUGAUGCGCCCAUCUCCGACCCCAACGCGACCUAUCAAGCGGCUCACAUGCUCUUCUGCAACGGUCCCAGGAUCCAUGAGUUCAUGCGGGAAAUGCACGAAAAGGUCCUGCAGCACUAUGACACAAUCACGGUGGGCGAGACGCCCCACGCAAAGCAUCCCAGCAUCGUCCUGCCCUGGGUUAACCCACAUAGCCACGAACUGCGAAUGUGCUUCACCUUCGACCUGCACGAUGUCGACGGUGAUCAACAGUGGCCCCUGAUCCCUCGUCCAUUUGAUCUCGUGACGUUCAAGUCGAUCGUCAACAAAUGGCAAGCCUUUUUCAGUGCCCACAAUGGCUGGCAUGCCAACUAUCUCGAGAAUCACGAUCAGGCGCGGAGCGUGAGUCGUUGGUUGAGCGAUGCGCCCGAGCACCGUAAACAGGCGGCCAAGCUCGUCGCCAUGAUGCAAACGAGCUUCUCGGGCAGUCUGUACCUGUAUCAGGGACAGGAGCUUGGGAUGAAAAAUAUCCCAAAGGAGUGGCCAAUCGACGAUUACCUCGACGUUGCCACCAUCAACUUCUACAACGAAUGCAAAGAUCGCACCAUCAAAGGCCUCUCUUCUCCGGCGACGCCCGAACAAGUUCACGAAUGGGCCGCCCUGAAGGCGCGCGACAACGCCCGUACGCCCGUCCAGUGGAACUCCUCGCCCGCGUCCGCCGGCUUCUCCCCUGAUGGCGCACGCACAAAACCGUGGAUGCGCGUCCAGGUCGAAGAUGCGCAGCAAGGCUGGAACGCGACAGACGAGGCGCAGGACCCUCUGAGCGUCCUGAACUUCUGGAAAAGGGCCUUGAAGCUGCGCAAAGAAGUCGGCGGAGGUCUGAUGGUCCGAGGCAACUUCUGGAUCGUGAAACCCGAGGACCCAAACGUGUUCGCCUAUGUUCGCAACCUUGGACACGAAGUGAGCGUACUGGUUGUCUUGAACUUUUCGAAAGACGAGCAGACGGUCCGUCUUGAUGGUCAGACGGUCAACAAGUCUCAACAGGACGGAAAGCUCGUCGGCGAGUUCAAAGGUAAUGGACCCUGCAAGACGCUCGAGAAGCUCCGAAGCAGGGUAACAAUCCUCUUGCACAACUACGCAGACAUCGACGGUAGCAGAGACCAGGAGGUCAAGUGGGUCGACGACGAAUCGUUUGUCCUCAGGGCCUUCGAGGGAGUCUGGUUCAAGAUUGACUAGAGAACCCUUUUCCUUAUGAAGCUACUUGACAAGAGAAGCAAUAUUGAACCACAGCAGCGGCCGCAUUAGAAUAGAAGACUGGAGUCAGAGAGGUAAAUGAAUAAGUUGGAGAAUCCUACGUAGGAAACGAUUAACGGUGGUGCUACAGCUAUAGGGAAGGAUGACAUAAUGACAUAGUUACAGU